AUGGACCCACAACCCAUGAAAUCCCUCGAAUGGCAUCUUUUCGAAUACCAAAUCACCAAAUGUGACGCUUUUGCCCUUUAUAGACUCGAACUUAAACUCGUUCAUGGGAAAAAAGGAACAAAGGGGAAGAUGGAUUCGGUCUCCGAUCUUCAAAAACAAAUGAAAUCCCUCACCGCCGAGGUUCAACCGGAGGGUAGAAAUAAACGGGCGGUAAAAGGUGGUGCAACCACUCCACCACCACAUCACGGUGGCUACCGCUUGACGUGA